AAGCUUAGUGGAAUCGGUGUCGCUAGCCGCUUUAGGGGUAUCCUGCCGCCCCGCGACGCUUGUCAGGCCAGACCUUCUUCCAACGCGCCGCGGUCUUCAUCCUACGUUUCUCUGGCGUUUCUCUGGCGUUUCUCUGGCGUUCUGGUCCACACGGAUCCGCUCUGGCCAUGGACGGCGACGACGAGAAGAACUCCAAGGAGGAGGAGGUGGCCCUCAAGCCGAAGAUGUCCCUCCUCAACGGCAUCACGGUGAUCGUGGGCAGCAUCAUCGGGUCAGGGAUCUUCGUGUCACCCUCAGGGGUGUUGAAGAACACCGGCAGCGUGAAUGUGUCGCUCAUCGUGUGGACGGUGUCGGGGGUGUUUUCCAUGGUCGGAGCCUACUGCUACGCCGAGCUUGGCACGAUGAUCCGCAAGAGCGGCGCUGACUAUGCCUACAUCAUGGAGACCUUCGGCCCUUUCGUGGCCUUCAUAAGGCUGUGGAUCGAGUGCAUGAUCGUGCGACCGUGCUCGCAGGCCAUCGUGGCCUUGACCUUCAGCCAGUAUGUCAUGAAGCCCUUCUUCCCGGAGUGCGACCCGCCUGACGAUGCGGCUAGAUUGCUGGCUGUGUGCUGCAUAUGUGUUCUGUCGUUUGUCAACUGUUACGAUGUGAAAUGGGCAACAGCAGUACAAGAUAUCUUCACAUACGCCAAGCUUUUAGCAUUGUUCGUCAUUAUAGCUGCUGGAGGAUAUCAACUUUAUAAAGGUCACACAGAACAUUUCACAUUCCUGAAUACUGAGAGUGACGUCACAUCUCUGGCAUUGUCAUUUUAUUCAGGGCUGUUCGCCUACAAUGGAUGGAACUAUCUGAACUUCAUCAUAGAGGAGCUGAAGGACCCAGUCAGGAAUCUACCCCUAGCCAUAGCGAUAUCCUGCACCCUAGUGACAGCCGUGUACGUCCUCACCAACAUAGCCUUCUACACCACCAUGUCCCCUGUAGAGAUCCUCGGUUCCAAAGCUGUCGCCGUCACUUUCGCUAACAAACUAUUUGGCCCUAUGGCCUGGGUCAUUCCCGUUUUCGUGGCCCUUUCGACCUUCGGGGCCGUCAACGGGAUCCUUCUGACCUCCUCAAGGCUGUUUUAUGCUGGAGCCUGUCACGGGCAGAUGCCUGAGCUGUUGACGAUGAUACAAGCUAGGAGGAUGACUCCGACACCGUCUGUGCUAGUGAUGGCAUUAUUAUCACUAUUGUACCUAACAGUAUCUGAUAUUGACGCAUUGAUAAACUACGUGGGAUUCGCUACUUGGUUGAGUAUCGGAGUAGCAGUUCUUUGCCUGCCCUGGCUGAGAUGGAAGCAGCCGGACCUGCCGCGACCAAUCAGAGUCCACCUAGUAUGGCCCGUUCUCUACCUCCUCUGCACCAUCUUCGUGACGGCAGUGCCGAUGGCAGCCACCCCUUACGAGACCGGCAUGGGGGUGCUGAUGAUCCUAUCUUCGGUGCCCGUUUACUACGUGUUCGUGUUCUGGCCGAAGCCUCAGUGGUUCCAGAAGGGCUCCAAUGACGCCACGAUGUUCCUGCAGAAGAUCUUUGUGGUGGUCGGAAAAGCGAAGGCUGUGAAGCUG